CGCCCAUAAACGUUAAAUUUUAAAUCAUGGUAAAAGCAACUUACAGAGACGAAAUACUUGCCGAGCACUCAAACCCUGUCAUGGUGGAAGGCAACUAUUACUUCCCCCCUGAGUCUGUCAAUAAAUCACUCCUCGCUUCCUCAGAUACAAGCACUGAGUGUGCUUGGAAAGGGACAGCGUCAUACUAUUCUGCACAGAUUCAUGGUGACAAUGUGAAAGAUAUCGCAUGGUACUACGCGGAUCCAAAAACCAAAGCAUCGCAUAUCAAGGAUCAUGUUGCGUUCUACAAGAAUAAAGUAACUAUUGAGUGAAAGGGAAAGAAAUCAUUUUUCACAGAAAGUGCUGCAUAUUUGUAUCCAUGUAAUUAUACAGACUCGAAGAAUCAAAAGUCUACCCUAAGUCAAGAGGCGCUUUGGAGGGCCCUGACAGCCGAAGUAUCAUAGGGAGCUGCUGGAGGCCUAACUGAAGGUACCUGCGUCUGUUUAAAUUCGCGAAUGAAUGAAUAUUUGGC